AAGAUGCAGAGCCCUUCCCCAAAGGAUCCGGCUAGAAAUCUAGGAAGCGCUGAUAGACAGCUGUGCUGCUCCUCUAUCGCGGGGCCAGAUAGAGGAGCCGCGGUAUGGCCAGAGUAGUGAGAGAGAGAGUGCUCUGUUAUACCCAGCAGAAACUGGGUGCUGUCUUGGGCCUAAACUCCCCUCCCGCUCCUUUGCUCUCUCACAUCCGGAUCCUUCGUCGCGGGGAGGGUGUUUCCGCCCGGCCGCGGUGGGCGUGACGCAACGUCCAGCGCGCGCUUUUCAUGCCUUGGCGUUUCCUUUGGCGGAGUUUCUGUUUUCAGAAGAUGCUGGGUUCGUUUUGUUCAGCGGCAGUGGUGCUUUCCCGAAUCUCAGAAUGCCUGUUAAAAGAUCACUGAAAUUGGAUGAUCUGUUAGAAGAAAAUUCAUUUGAUCCUUCAAAAAUCACAAGGAAGAAAAGUUUUAUAACUUAUUCUCCAACAACUGGAACUUGUCAAAUGAGUCUGUUUGCUUCUCCCACAAGCUCUGAAGAACAAAAGCACAGAAAUCGACUAUCAAAUGAAAAGAGAAAAAAAUUGAAUCACCCCAGUUUAACUGAAAGCAAAGAAUCGACAACAAAAGACAAUGAUGAAUUGAUGAUGUUGCUAUCUAAAGUUGAGAAAUUGUCAGAAGAAAUCAUGACGAUAAUGCAAAAUUUAAGUAGUAUACGGGCUUUGGAGGGCAGUAGAGAGCUUGAAAAUCUCAUUGGAAUCUCCUGUGCAUCACGUUUCUUAAAAAAAGAAAUGCAGAAAACCAAAGAGCUAAUGACAAAAGUAAUUAAACAAAAACUGUUUGAAAGGAGUUCAGGACUUCCUCACAAACAAUCAUGUCAUCUUGACAGCUAUGAAUUCCUUAAAGCCAUUUUAAACUGAGGCAUUAAGAAGAAAUGCACUCACCAUGAGCACCAAGUUUUGCAUCUGCCUGAUCAUAUUUAAAGGAACAGAGAAAUAUUUGUAAUUAAUCUGCCCAGUAAAUACCAGCUCGUAGCAGUCAGCAGGUGCAUGUCUAGAUAAAAUUUCUUGCAGCUAAUUUAAACUUUCUACACACACCAGUAGAUAAUCUCAAUGUAAAUAAUACAUUUCUUCUUGACUCUUUAAUGUAAGCCAACAUGGAGAGGCAGAUCUUGACUUAUAUUCUGUACCACAUACACUUCUGUGGACUUUUAGCAUUCGUGGGUAGACUUAAUAAAGCAUGUAUAAAAGUGGCA